AUGCCUGCUCUACAUCCUGGUGGUAAUGACCCGAUUGCUCUUGUUGGCAUCGGCUGUCAUAUGCCUGGCGGUGUUCGAGAUAUACCUGCUCUAUGGGAAUUUCUCAAAGAGCAAAAGGAUGUUCUUCAGGAGUUCACCGAGCCACGAUUCUCGGCCAAGGGGUUCCACCACCCCAAUUCAGAUCGCCCAGGCACGGCUGUAGCCAGCAGUGGAUUUUUAUUGAAAGAGGAUCCAAGACUUUUUGACCCAGGCUUCUUCGGCAUUACAGACGUGGAAGCGGAGACAAUGGAUGCGUCUCAGCGUAAGCUUCUUGAAGUGACAUAUGAAGCCUUUGAAAAUGCCGGAGAGACAUGGGAAACCGUAUCUGGCUCUCGCACUGGCGUCUAUGUGGGUGAUAUCUCUUUCGAUAACUAUGUAUCACAAACUCGAGACUGGGACUAUGGUGGGAAAUAUUCAGCCACGGGGGCAUUCCCCAACAUGCUGGCCAACCGGAUUCACUACGUUUUCAACCUGAAGGGACCAAGUCUGCUGGUGAAUAGUGCAUGCACUUCAGCGAUGUAUGCAUUGCAUCUGGCCAUCACUUCUAUUCGAACCGGAGAUUGCGACUCUGCUAUUGUCGCUGGCUCCAACUGGAUCAUGGACCCAAAUUGUCACAUUGCCAUGGGGAAACUCGGUGCCCUUUCUGCUACUUCGAGAAGCCACACUUUUGAUGCAUCGGCCGACGGAUAUGCCCGUGGAGAAGGUUUUGCGGCUCUUUACCUGAAGAAAUCCUCUUUGGCAAUUCAAGAUGCAUCUCCUAUCCGCGCCUUGAUUAUGGGCUCCGCAAUCAACGCGAACGGUCGAACCAAUGGCAUCACAAACCCAAGUGGCCCGGCUCAGGAGAUUGUGAUUAGAGAAGCGUACAAGAACGCAGGGAACCUUGAUCCAUCACAAACCACAUUGCUUGAGUGUCAUGGAACUGGAACUCGGGUUGGUGAUCCCAUCGAGGUCACAGCAGCUGGUCAUGUCUUUGGACCUUCGCGUCUUUCUGGAUACGAGAAUAGACUUGUAGUAGGGUCUGUUAAAACUAAUCUCGGUCAUUUAGAAGGUGCAUGCGCUCUCCCUGGAAUCCUCAAGGUUGUUGCAGCUAUUGAGAAAGGAGAGAUCUCACCGACACUGGGGUUCCAGUUGCCCAAUCCGCGCAUAGACUUCCAAGAAGCCAAAGCGCGAGUUCUCACCAAAGUCGAACCAUGGCCUAAAAAUAAGCUCAGGAGGGCAAGUGUCACAUCGGCCGGCUUUGGUGGGACAAACGGACACUGCGUAAUUGAUCAUGUGCACAACGUGCUUCCAUCCUAUCUCAAGCCCGGGGUCCUUGACCACGGUGUUCCAAAAAUACAUGAAGCUAAUAUAAACCACGACGAAAAUGGUAUCAAUGGUACUAAUGGUGCCAAUGGCCAAGUAAACGCCAACGGGUCUCUUCAUGAACAUGCAAAUGGAGCAAAUGGUUAUUCGCAUGGAGCGAAUGGCGAUGCCCGCACCAAUGAAUCCAGUGACGCUUCAGUCCUGUCAAACAAUCACCGUCCUGUGAUUGCCAGACCGAAAAUGAUUCGGAAGGCCGAUGCAGGAACUCGAAAAUUAGUGGUUCUUCCUUUCUCAGCACACAGCCAAACCUCGCUUGAGGCCAAUGUCGACGCCUUGUCUCAGAAUCUCCAUCAGCACUCUUUGGCUGAUGUAGUCUAUACUCUGGCCGCCAAACGCUCUCGUUUUACGCAGCGGACCUACUGUAUUGUCGAUAAGGAUAAACACUUAGAGACUGGCCUGAGGCAGGAGACCGACCUCAAGACCUGGUCUUCCCCACAGCAUGGUUCUGUAGGGUUUGUUUUUACUGGCCAGGGCGCACAGUGGCAUGCAAUGGGUUCGGGCCUUUUCGAUUACGCGGUGUUUCGAGACUCCAUCUCUCACCUAGAUACCGUUUUGACCAGGAUGUCCAAUCUACCUAAGUGGAAGAUUGCCGACAUUCUUCUCGGAAACUGUGAAAAAGAACUUAUUCAAACACCUGCGGUGUCACAAACUGUCUGCACAGCUGUUCAAAUUGGAAUUGUGGACCUUCUUGCUUCAUGGGGAGUUCGGCCCUCCGGUGUUGUUGGACAUUCAUCUGGAGAAAUGGCCGCGGCUUAUGCAUCCGGUCAUAUAACUUCUGCAGAAGCCAUUACAGCAGCGUAUUAUCGCGGCUAUAUGGUCUCCUUCAACAAACAAAGAGGGGCUAUGCUUGCUAUUGGAGUUGGUCCCGAAAGAGCAUUGGGAUACAUUCGAGAGGCAAGACUAGAGGAGCGAGUCAAGGUCGCUGCCAUCAAUUCAUUCGAUAGUGUUACUAUCUCUGGAGACGCUGAGGCUGUCGAAGAACUCAGCGCAAAGCUGACUCAAGAGGCAGUGUUCAACAGAAUUGUUCGCACCGGUAGGCUCGCAUAUCACUCUCACCACAUGUUGCCAUUUGGCCCUGAAUAUGAAGAAAGAGUCAGUUGCGGACUACGUCGUCUCAAAGAAGACGAUAUCGAUGCUGCAAAUGCAAAGUAUCCGGUUGUUGCCUGGAUUUCUUCCGUCACUCUUAAUAAGAUUACAAACGAAGUUUCAGCCUCUUAUUGGAGGUCCAAUCUGGAGUCUCCGGUUCGCUUUGCAGAUGCCGUAGCAAAGCUACUCGACGUAACAGACAUGAACAUCGGUGUCUUGCUUGAGAUAGGCCCGCAUCCUGCAUUGAAGAGCCCCUUGGGUCAAAUUGUCAAGAGUAUUGGCAAAAACAUCCCGCACGUUCCUUCGUUGAAGAGGAAUGAGAAUUCCCAGAGAUCUAUGCUCGAUUGCGCAGGGACAUUGUUUGCUCUUGAUGCCGACAUAGAUCUAGUGGCUGUCAACGCUGUUGAUGGGCCAUUCGUCAAUGGCCAGGGACAGCUCGAAUACGGCUGUACAGCUAUUGAUCUUCCUCCAUACAAGUACACUUAUGGCCCCAUCAAGUACCAUGAGAGUAGGCUCAGCAAAGAGUACCGCCUGCGAAAUACGCCUCGCCAUGACCUGCUCGGAUCCAGGGUACCGGGUACUACCAAGCUACGUCCCCAGUGGCGAAACAUCCUUCGUCUGAAGGACUUGCCUUGGCUGGAUGAUCAUCGUGUGCCCCCUCAUGUUUUGCAUCCCGGGGCUGCUCACAUUGUCAUGGCGAUGGUGGCCGCAGAAAAUGCAUACAAAGAGUUUCCAGAUGCUCUGCCCAUCAACGGACUGAUGAUGCGCAACGUGUCUAUCAAGAAAACACUGGUAGUUCCUGAAGAUAACCAUGGGGUUGAAAUUGUACUCAGUAUGGAGCUUGAGGAUGGAGCCACUGCAAAGUCUCCAGGCUGGGCUCAUUUCUCAAUCGCGUCAGUCGUCCGCGAUACUAACCAAUGGACCGAACAUUGCUCCGGUCUGAUCAAGGUGGAAGUGUCUCCGUUCGUACAAGGUACCCCGAUCGACACUACAAUGGAUGGGCGAGUUGUCGAUGCACAGGCAUGGUACAAACGCUUCGCUGAUAUGGGCCUCCAGUUCGGACCAUCCUUCCAGGGCUAUUCAGAAAUCCGUGCCGAUCCAGCUAAGAAUAUUACGUCGGCUAAAAUGGCCUUGAAUACCACAGCGGGCAUGUUCCCAGGUGGUGAAUCGCCUUAUCCAAUUCACCCAGCUUCCUUGGAUCUGUUGAUUCGAUUGGGUCUUAUGGCUUGCAACGGUGGCCAGGCUGAAAAUGCUGAUGUCCAACUUCCGAUCCACUUCAAUGAGAUGCGAUUCAACCACGGUCGGCUGGAAGGUCACAAUUGGGCAUCCGGUAUAUCUCGUGGUGAGCUGCGCGGUCUCCGCGGCGCCUAUGCCAAGCUACAAAUGCUGGAUGAUAUGGGGAAUGUCAUUUUGGACGUAGACAACAUGCGAUUCACCAGCCUGAAUAAUGAACAAGAUUCAUCUUCCAGUGGGGACUCGACCACCAAGCCUUACUCAAGCCCAUUCGCACGCUUAGUCUGGAGGCCCGAUCUUCGCACUCUGAGCAAGAAUCAGUUCGAUAAGACUCUCGCGUCGGUCAAGGAGAAGGCUGGCCCUUUCCCCCAGCUUUCCAAGAUCUUUGAUCUGGCAGGCCAUGCCAAUCCAGAUUUGCGAAUUCUAGAAAUUAAUGCUGGUCGCAAUCUCAGUAUGAAUCGAGCCGUGCUGGGGACGCUUGUUGGUGCCAAUGAUAUCAAGCGAUAUAGGGAGUUUGUCGCGACCGACUCCUCGCAGGAGCAGCUUGACCUCAUGCGUGAGCUCCCUGAGGAUUUCAGAGAUUUUUCCUGCUCUACUUUAGAUAUGGGUCGGAAUCUGUCCGAGCAGGGCUUCCAACCCGGCUUCUACGACAUUGUCCUUUGGUCAGACCCCGUACACUCUACCAAAGCGUGUGAAAAUGUACGCGAUCUCAUCCGUCCAGGUGGACAUCUUGUUCAAGUUCAGGUCACAGAAAAGAAUGGUCACAUACAGAGUCUUGAACACGUUGGCCUUGAGCUUCUCGGAAAUAUCUUUGAGCAAAACCAUGGCUCUAGAGUUACUGUGCACACCCUUCGUGCAUCUCUUAAGCAGCAAAAUGUCGGCAAGCAGCUGCAUUUUGCUUGCGCCCUCGAGAGCCGUGGGGUCCCCACUCAAAUCUCCAUGCUUGAUGAUGUUCAGAAUGUUGUAUCGGCUAACUCCCGCGUCGUUGUAUUCCUGGAUGGAGAAAACCUUCUCUUCGGUGCUGAUCAGCAUCGACUGAGUCUCUUCCAACAUCUGGCUGCGAACUCUGCCAGCAUGCUCUGGCUCACGUCAUGCGGCCUAGUCAAGGGUCGCAACCCUGAUGGGUCCUUUGUUUCCGGUCUGCUGCGAACGUUGGGAAGCGAGAAUCCUAGCGGCGAAUUUCUUUCGGUAGAUAUUGAUGCGGAGCAAUUCCAAGUUCAGGAAAGUGACCUGGACGAAUUGCUCCGUUCGUUGCUCGAUCAGGAGCUUUCCUUGCAAGAAAAGGCACAGGAUGGCAGCGAGAGUGUUGUUAAUCGCGACUUGGUCUGGCAGGAUGGAUGCAUGUGGGUGAGCCGGAUUGUUCCUGAUGCAGGUCUCUCGGGAUAUGACGAAACAGCCGUUUAUGACCGCGAUCUGAAGCCGAUGGUGCUGGGUGACGUCGGCCCUAUCCGAGCAGCAUUCAAGAAACCCGGGAUUCUGACUUCGCUCUACUUCCGACCAUACACCGAGCUCUGGCAGCCUCUGUCGCAGGACUGGGCUGAAGUCAAGGUGGAGGCGCUUGGUCUCAACUGGAAAGACGUGGGUCUUUGUUCUGGAAGAUUCGAUCAGAAUCAUCUUUCAAAUGAAUACGUCGGUGUUGUCUCCGCCACUGGAGCUGCGGUUACCAAUCUCAAGGUUGGGGAUCGCGUGUAUGGCAUGGCCAAGGGUCAUUUUGGAAAUUAUACUCGCGUGCCAGCAGCACUUGCACAGAAGCUACCUGAGGGGGUUAAUGCGAUAGAAGCAGCCACGAUGCCUUUAGUUUAUAUGACCGCAGUCUAUGCAUUCGAGCACAUCACUCGAGUGAGAAAAGGGUCCAAGGUUUUGAUACAAUCAGCCUCAGGUGGCCUUGGCCUGGCCGCAGUUCAACUUGCUCGAUCCAAGGGCGCCGAUAUCUUUGUCACAGCUGGCACGCCGGAAAAGGCCCGUUUUCUGGCCGACGAAAUGGGCAUUGCGCCCGAUCAUAUCUUUUCCUCCCGCGAGCUGGCAAGUCUAUUAAGCAUGGUCAGCGCCACAAAGAACGGCGGAUUCGAUGUAAUUCUCAGUACCUCUCAAGGGGAUAUGUUUCAUGAGUCCAUCAAAGCACUAGCACCGCUAGGACAUUUGGUUGAUGUCGGCCGCCUAGACGUGACAAAUUCCAAGAGUGUUUCCCUUGAACUUUUUCAAAAGAGUGCCAGCUUCACUUCAUUUGACCUGGGGCUUGUUCUUGAACGUGACGUGGAAAUCGGCAGGGAGCUGAUGGCCGCGGUUAACGAGCAUUUCCGCAACGGCCACAUUGGCCCUAUUCGUCCAUACCAUGUGUCAGAUAUCUCUCAACUCGACCAGGUUCUGCUCAAGUUUUCUAAAGGAACUCACAUUGGCAAGAUGAUCAUAUCGUACGAGAACCCCCAAGCAAGAUUGCGAGUCCAACAGUCUGUUCCUCGCGCUCAAUUCGACCGGGAGGCUCGCUACAUACUCGUGGGCGGGUUAAGCAGUCUAGGGAGAUCUAUUGUUCGGUGGAUGGCUAAUCGAGGAGCUCGAGAUUUCGUUGUCUGGUCACGGAGAGGUCCAAACAUCGUGGCCCUCGAAGCUAAAAGUCUCAUUGAAGAGAUGGCAGCACAGGGGUCCAGUGUGCAACUGGUGGCCUGCGAUGUGAGCAACCGAGAGCAGGUUCUUCAUGGAGUGAAAGAGGCCAACUCACAGGGCACCUUGCGUGGGGUUUUCAAUUAUGCGGUCUCCUAUCAAGAUAUCUCCUUUGACAAGAUGACAGAGGAGAAAUUCCGGGAGGGCAUGGCUGCCAAGGUUUUCGGAACCAAGCAUCUGCACGAAGCCACGUCCGACUUGACCCUAGACUUCUUCACCAUGACCUCUUCCUUGGGGACUGUCUAUGCUUUUCCUACCCAGAGCACCUACCUAGCGGCCAAUAACUUUCUGGAUUAUUUCGGGCGUUAUCGACGUCAACUCGGGCUGCCGGCAACGACGGUAUCACUCGGAUUCAUCAAUGAUCUGGGAGCUCUUACCCAAGACGCCGUAACGCUCAAUCUCUUUGUCCGUGCGAAGGGUCAAACCGUCACAGGAAAUCAGGUUUUGCGAGCUUUGGAGCCUGCUUUUGUGAACAACUCGAAAGUUGAAAGUCAAUACCUUGGCCAUAAGCAGGAUCCACUUUCGGAGGCCAAUAUUGUUACCGGCAUUGACCCAGCCAUAUUAGUGAACAUGAGGCGGGUGGAAGGCAAGACAUCUACCUCUGGUACUAUACCGCGGUGGUAUAACGACAGGCGGGCAUCUCUGAUGUUGCGGGCCUUGGAUGAUGGAUGGCGCCAUCAGGAUGGGGACGAUCGCAGCAAGGGUAGUGCUGACAUGAAUGGUACUAAUGAGUCCCCUACCAUGCAACUUCGUCGGUCCUUCGAUAGUUCAAUCAAGAAAAUUGGAACUGAUCAUGAUGGGAGAGAAGCUAUGGAGACGGUCGCGCUGGUGACUGAGGCUAUCCGAGGGAUGGUGGCCGGCAUGCUUUUUAUCGACCCUUCUGCAGUCAAGGCAGCUAAGACUGUGGUUGAUCUUGGGAUUGAUAGUUUACUCGCUGCAGAAUUCCGGAGUUGGUUGAAUGCAGCUUUCGGGAAAAACAUGAGCAUGUUGGACUUGAUGGAUGCACGAACAAGCAUCGAUGCAAUGGCACAAGGCAUUGUGCAGGAAACGAUUACGGCAUAA